AUGUACAACACUGAGUACGAGCUGGUGGUGAGGCUGCUGCAGCACUACUUCGGCGCGCAGGUGGCGAAGGUCGGAGGCGCGAUCCUUCUCCGCGGCCAAGUGACUCUGCAGCGGCUGCUGAGCCAACCGCACUUCGACUUCAAGAGCGUUCGCAAUAGCUUAAUAAUCUUAAUCCACCAUGGCUUCGUAGACUACGUGUUGCAGCCUCCGCAGGCAGGCGGUCGCCGCUCUGCGGCUGUGCUGUACUCCAUGAACUGCGAGCGCGUUCUGGCGUUCCCUCUCCUGCCCUUCGGCUGCGUCAUGGCGAAGAAGGAGCUGACGGAAGCCUGCUGCGCCAUCCUGGCGCUGGCGGCGAAGCGUGGUACUAUAUCGCAACGGCGACUCUGCGAGCUGUGUGUCGCCGAUCUGUCCUUGCGGCCCGAGGAUGUCGCGUCCUCCGUGGCCAGUUUGAUGCAGGCGGGAUACCUGAGUAGCUGCGAGUCAUACCGCCAUCGCUUGACGACUGCGGAGGUCACGUCGAGAGGCACGGACCCAAACGACCCGCUGGCGGCAAUGAACUCCGCCAUCUAUCACGUGAUGCAAGGCGCGGAGCUCACUGGCGCCGACGGCCCCAUGUUGCGCGUAAACUCGCAGUACGUGGUUGACCGUUUGCUGAAGGAAGAGAUCGUGAACCUCGUCUGCAGGCGGGUGGGCGACCUCCCGCUGCUCCGUGCGAUCAUGAAGGUGCUUCUGGACAACCCGCGGAAGGAGUGGCCGCAUGUGGUGGAGUACACGCAGCUGGAGUCGAAUGUCCUCCGCGUCCUGCAGGACGAGUUCGGCAAGAGCCAAAGCGGAGAGCAGGUGAUGCGUCUGCUCAGCGCGCUGAACAAGCACCCCGACAACCUCGUCCGGUACGAGGCUGUGACGCGCAGCUACUACUUCGACUGGGACAAGGCUAAGGGCAUGUUGCGCAGAAAGACCAUUUUCGGGUGCGUGCGGCAGCUCUGCGGGCUGAAGUCUGCAAGGGUAUGGAGCCUGCUGGUGUCGACGAACGAGAAAAAUAGCCACGCCACGUUCGACGCGCACAUGGUCAGCACCAGGGCGCUCGUGUCAAUGCAGACCGCCAGGGGCAUCCUGUACGGCCUGACGCUGCGUGGUCUCGCGAAACACCACGAAACGGACGCCGUGGUUACCACCAUGCCUGCGACAAACACCAGCGACAGGCACGUGCUGUCGUUUUCGUCAAGCGUCGAAAGCACAUACCUCCAGCUCAUGAAGCACUCGUUCAAGUUCGCCUCCAACCUCCUGGAGCGACUGGGCUGCGAGCGAGUGGGCGUUUUGAAGAGCUUCUUCACGGCGACCGGGAAGAGCGAGGAGGUGUACUCGCGCAACCUCAAGGCGUGCGACACCGCGGAGGCCCACCUCUUCCAUGUGCUGAAGUUUGUGGUUCUGAUGCAGCGCCUUUAG